CAGGCGAUAUAAAACGCACGGUGGACACGUGUAAGCUGCAGUCCAGGUGCGACCAACGGAACUAAAACAUGAAAACUUUAAUCCUUCUAACCAUCGGCGUCUCGCUCGCUGCGGUCGUGGCAACACCUGCGAGGCUCGGGAAAGCGGCCGAGAAGCCAGCCCAGAAAGAUGGCAGGCAAGGUGACCUGUCCCUCCCUGCCGGACUCGGCAACGUGACCAUGCUGUGUUUCCCUUUGCCCGAGCAGCUCCCUGAAGCCAUGCGGAAGCUACUGACAGAGAGGAACCAGGGUGGACAGAAAUUCCAGCUCCGAGAUGAUGACUCUGAUGAAGAUGACUCCGGUUCUGAUGAAGAUUCUGAUUCGGACGAAGAUGACAGUGAAGAGAGGAAGCUCAGGGAUGAUUCUGAUGAAUCCGACGAAUCCGAUGAAUCCGAUGAAUCCAAGGAAUCCGACGAAUCCGAUGAAUCCGACGAAUCCGACGAAUCCGAUGAAUCCGACGAAUCCGACGAAUCCGAUGAAUCCGACGAAUCCGAUGAAUCCGAUGAAUCCGACGAAUCCGAUGAAUCCGACGAAUCCGAUGAAUCCGACGAAUCCGAUGAAAGCGACGAAUCCGAUGAAAGCGACGAGAGUAGUUUCCCCAACAUCCUCAUCCCUCCAUCAUGCGAAGAAUUCCUCGAGAAACCUUGCAAUGCGUCUGUCGUCUGCAUUGAAAUCCCGCCGGAACUCUACAACGAACUGGUGGCGUUGGGGAUGAAGGGUCCAGAACGACAGGACACAGGCCGAAUGGGUACAGAUCUACAGGAUACAGGCCGAAUGGGUACAGAGGAGCAGGGUACGUAUGUGGAUUUCUAUGACGAGACAGAUUUCCAGACCUAUACUGACUACACUGAACGCACGGAGACGCCAACCCCGACUGUAUACUAUUGUGAUUACUACUAUGACUACUACAACUGGUACGAGGGAGGAUCGGAUAGCUGGCCGUGGAAGCUGGUGGAGCACGCAGAGGAAGAUGCGAAGAAACGUUUCUGGUGGAAUCAUCAUCAUCGUCCUCAAACUACAAGUGUUAACACACUCUGCAACAACUGGCAGACGUUCCUGGGAACGAUUGACUCUACCUCCAACACCACCGUGACGAGCACCUUCCAGACUUUCUUCACUUCCUUCUGCAAUACGAUCACGAGGUCCGGUGUUGCAGCACUCGGUUACGAAGCUCAUGAGGACGAUGGAAGGAUUGAGGCCCGCCAUCCUCCUCCUCCUCACUCCUCUACUCUUCCCCCCCACCCCCAUCCUCAUCCUCAUCCUCCUCAUUCUCCUCCUCCUCCUCCUCCUUCAACCUCUGCUUCAGUCAAGGAGUCUCGCAUUUUGAAAGCUCUGAGGAAUGUGAUGGCCUAAGAUGACGCCAUUGCCCCUCCCCCCCCCCACCACCAGCUGCGUCUCGUGAGGAAAACAGGGGAGGGGGAUACAUCAAACCAACAUACAAGCAUAUACAGUAACUACAAUCACCAUAACAUUUCAAAAUUGAUAUGGUGAUCAUAUAUGCAGAAAGAAAGAAAGAAAAACGAUAUUUAAGUAAGAAGAAAUAGAUUAUUAGUUCCAGUUGAGAGAUAAUAUGUGUAGUGUCAUAUAGGACCAUGAUGAUAAAGAGGAUGAUGAUGAUAAUAAUGAAUAAUAGAGAUAAUCCAGGUAACGAGACUGCAGUAAUUCAUUAUAUCAAAGGUAUUAUCACCCUUACCUGGAAAUAAAUAAACUAUAAUAAAAAAAA